AUGGACACUAGCCUAGAAGCUCACUCCCCUUCUUAAACUUGUAACAAAAUAUCUACAAAUUCUCAUUUUAGGGUUAAAUUAACCUCUUUAAAUUGGGGCAAAAUUGAGUUUUUCAAACGAAAAUUUUAUAAUUAAAAUAACCAUGCCUAUAUAAUAGCUUCAACCUAAUUGAUGGAGGGAACUCAAGUAUUCUAUUAUCUAAACAGUUAGAGCAUUGAAUUGAUUUUUUUUGAAUUAAUUCAUCAUAAAAAUAAAUUUAAAUUUGAAAAUAUUACAUUACAUUUAUCCUUUUAAAAAAAUUAACUUCCUUUAAAUAGGAACAGAUUUUCUUAAUUCAAUUUAAAGGGGGAGUCAGCAUCGUGCUUUACAUGCCAAAGUUCAAGAUAAAAUUGCAUCUAUCAGUGGCUGUGGCCAAAUCUACACUAUUCCUCCUUAUUAUUUUUUGCCUGAAGAUGAAAUAAAAGAAAUAAAUACCCCUCAAGAAUCCGAGGAUGCCAUGAUCAAAUUAUUUAUAAAAAACAUACUUCAUAAUGAAAACAACGAUCUUCCCCCAUUUCUUCAAGAAUUGUCCUCCCUAAAUCCUGAAGAAUUACUAUCAAAGCUUUUAGAAUUCUAUACCAAGUAUAAAAUCCCUUGUCACAAUUUCAAAAAAAUUAGAAAUUUCUAUAGAAAACCCUAA